AGCGCGAUGAGCAUGACAAAAAUUGACUCAUUUUUGUCACCACGGUCUACUCGCAACUCGAGCUUUGUCUGCUGGUAUUGCGAAGGAUAACGAUGGCCAUUUGCAGGUUGAGAUCACUAGUUCCUCUUCCUAGACGCAAAUCUCUUGGGCUUCAAUCCUUCCCAACAUGCAGAUUGUCUUCUUCCCGAAUCCCCCCCCUUUUGGAGAAUGUUGGAUUCAUUGGUCUCGGAAAUAUGGGAUCCAGAAUGGCGAAUAAUCUGAUUAAAGCUGGAUACCGAGUUACAGUUCAAGACAUAAACUCUGAUGUUACUGACAAGUUCUCUCAGAUGGGAGUUCCCACUAUGAAAACACCUUUUGAAGUUGCAGAAGCUAGUGAUGCAGUAAUUACAAUGUUGCCUUCUUCUGCCCACGUGCUUGAUGUUUACACUGGACCAAAUGGUUUGCUUCAAGCUGGGAGAGUCCUAAGGCCAUGGUUAUUGAUAGAUUCAUCCACUAUUGAUCCUCAAUCAUCAAGAAGCCUUUCUGUUACAAUAUCUAAUUGUCUUUUAAAAGAAAAGAAAGGUGAUUGGAAGACUCCCAUGAAGUUGGACGCUCCUGUUUCUGGAAGUGUGAUUGCUGCAGAAGCUGGAACACUAACUUUUAUGGUAGGUGGCUCUGAGGAAGCUUUUUUGGCUGCAAAACCCUUAUUCCUUUCAAUGGGCAAAAGUGCAAUAUAUUGUGGAGGAGCAGGAAGUGGUUCUGCAGCUAAGAUCUGUAAUAAUUUGGCUUUGGCUGUGAGUAUGCUGGGAGUGUCAGAAGCCCUAGCUCUGGGCCAAUCCCUUGGAGUUUCUGCCAGCACCUUGACUAAAAUAUUUAACUGCUCUAGUGCUCACUGUUGGAGUAGUGCUUGUUACAACCCAGUUCCUGGUGUGAUGGAAGGUGUGCCCUCUUCAAGGGACUAUCAUGGUGGGUUUGCAUCCAGGCUUAUGGCUAAAGACUUAAACCUUGCAGUAGAAUCAGCCAAACAAGCUGGCUGUAAAUAUCCAUUGACAUCUCAAGCACAAGAAAUAUAUAGAGAACUCUGCGUGGAUGGGCAUGAGGCUGAAGACUUUUCAUGUGCUUUUCGCCAUUAUUACUCUGGAUUGGACGAGCCUUGUGGUCAAUAAAAGUGUUGCUGUAUAUGUGUCCAAUACAACAAUACAUCCAAAAAAAAAGGAAUGUUUUUAUGUAAAAUUGAAAAUAAGCUAUUUCAUAUUGUAGUGGGUAGUUGUUUCCGUUAAAUGACUAGGCAAGUAAGUUAAUCUUUCUUGUAACCUCAUAAUUUCAAGUACUACGAGACGCUGGGUGCCUUUUUAAUAAUUAUUUGUGGAGAUAAACGU